AAAAAUACAGCUGCCAAUGUUAGAUGGAUUUUCCGCAAAGCAGGGGCCCGAACCAAUUCAAUUCGAAGCAGGAAGCCGAACCAAUCCAUGGUAGACCGGGUUUCCACCAAACCCGAACUCAUGUUAUUGUCUCCCACAGUUCGCACUUUGCAACCUGUAAACGCUAAACCCAAAACCCUCUCUAUCUCUCCUCUGUCUCUUUGACAAGCCGUCGCCUAUUUUCCAUUUGAAAUCCGAUUCUAAAGAACACUGCUUUUCUUGUUGGGCGUCACGUCGUUUAGUACUUGAAGUUGAUUGAUACAAAGAUGAUAAAGAGGCGUUUCUUUAGGGAAGAACACGGAGAUAGAGAUGCACCCUCGGAUUCAUGUUCCUCUGCUUCUUCUUCUUCUGACUCUGAAGUUGAAGCAGAGGCUACAGAUGAAUCAGAUGAUUAUGCUGCAGUUGCUGAGGCGAAAGGAAACAACGAAUCCUGCUCCUCGUCAUCUGAUAAUUCAGGAUACAGGAGUGAGGAUAUCUCAGCUGAUGAGGAUGAUGUUAGCUCAUCAGGUUUUACAAAUGAAGAUGAUGGAACAGGAAAUGAAAAGAAAAUCCCUGUUGGCCCUCAAAUAUCUGGUAAACAUGGUGCAGCUAUAUUCAAUGAAGAGUUUGAUGGUGUAGCCCAAAAGGAAUCACCAGCUGGUUUGCCAGAUUUUGUAUUAAAAUUCAAAUCAGUUUAUAAGUGUCGUAUUUGCCCCCGAAUUGUCUGUUUGACUGAAGAGACUAUGAGGACUCACCUCAAUUCUAAGAGACAUACUCGAUCUGAGAAGUUGCUGAAGGAAAAUAGGUUGAAGGCCAUGCUCAACAGUGACGGGGAAGUAGAGAACCAGGAAACCCCAGCGGAGAUGCAUGACCGAAUUGUAGCUCUUGCAGAGAAUAAAUCGAAAAAGAAGAAUAAAGGGCGCCAACGACAAAAGAAGAGAUCAAGGAAGAAGAAAGGGGAAGAUGUCCCAAAUGUGGAGAAAACAAAAGGAUCAACAAAAGCACGAACCAAGAAAAGGCGUAAAAGUGAGAACUGAAGAAUGCUAUAUUCCUGUUUGCUGUAGGGAAGGAAAAAUUGCCAGUACUUGCUCUGCAGUUCCUCAAGUAUGAUUAUUAUGGUAGUGGCAAAGUGGCUAUUGUCUGUUAAAACUUUUUCCUGCUUUUUCAUUAUUGGUUUGAAGGAUAUGGAUGCGUAGCAGCCUCUCAGUUUCGGCUGUUUCAAGGCACUGACUUGUAUCUUUUUUCUUUUCUUUUCUUUUUUUUUUUUUUUUUUUUUUUUUUCUGAAUUGUUCCAAAGGAUUAAAUGUUUUUGCUGCUCAAGUUCUUUAGAUAUGUAAUGAAACUAACAUUAUACUCUCGUACUUA